AUGUCUAAUCUUCUAUCAUCUACAUAUCUAUCUUCAUCUCCGCCAUCAACUACUUUAACAACAUUACCACUUACAUCGACAUCAUCGUCUUCGUCUUCUUCUUCUACUUCGUCGACAACAAACUGUAACCAUCAUGAUCUAUUUUAUCCGACGUCUAUCUAUCAUCAUUCAGCUGAAGUUAUUGUUAGUCCACAUCGUUCAUCUCUAAUGAAUUCAACACAAACAUCAUCAUAUCAUUAUCAUCAUCAACAAAAACUUCGAAAUCGUACUAGUGAACAAACAGAUUCUGAUUGUGAUCUUGAUAGUUCAUCAAAUUCAAUAUUAUCAUCAUCAUCAUCAACAACAAAUAUUAAUAUAACAAAUUCAUCAUCAUCGAAAUUAAAAAAACGACGAGCUAAUUUACCAAAAGAUAGCGUACGAAUAUUAAAAAAUUGGCUUUAUGAACAUCGUUAUAAUGCUUAUCCAACAGACGAUGAAAAAGCUAAUUUAUCUCGUCGUGCUGAUUUAUCAAUAAAUCAAGUUUGUAAUUGGUUUAUUAAUGCACGACGACGGAUAUUACCGGAUUUAUUAAAAAAAGAAGGUACUGAUCCAAAAAAAUUUACUAUAUCAAGACGUUUUAGUCGUGAUCAAAAACGUUCAUCACCAUCGUCAGCUAUAUGUUCAACAAGUGGAGAAAAUACUUCAACUGAAACAACAACAACAACCACAACAGUAACUGAUAAUUCAUCAUCCAUACCACCCGUGAAAAUAAAUGUUAUUGUUGAACGAAGUUCAUCACCUUCAUUAAUACUUACAAAUAAUUCAAAUGUGCUUAAUAAACAAUUAUCACAACAAACAGAUAAUUCAUCAUCAUCAUUAUCAUCAUCAUCUAUUGAACCUUGCUGCAGUACGACGACGACGACAACGAUGUCUAGGGAACCUGUUUUAUAUAAAUCAAUACGUGAUCCGACUGUAAUCAAUUUAAUAUCAACUGAUUCAAAACAACAACAUCCACGUUUACUUUGUUCGACGGAUUCAUUGACAACAUCGACUAGUAGUAAUAGCAGUACAGGUGGUGAUCUAGCCGGUUUUCAACUUCUUGUUGAUGUAGCUGUUAGAGAACUACAUCGAAUACAACAAGGAAAUGGUAAUAGCAAUGGUAGUCGAGCACUACUUUGCAACUAA